AUGCUUUGCACCAACUUCACCAUGACGCGAACCCAUUUUUAUCCUGUGGGCAAUACGCCCGCCAUCCGUUUGACCCAGGGCCUCCCCCCUGAGGAGGAUGCCAAGCUUCUUCUCCUCGGCUGUGGAGACCUGAGAAACAUCUUGUACACGGUCAGCUGUGAUGACUCACGAAACCUGAUGGACUUUACCGCCUGCGAUAUCCAACCUGAGAUCAUCGCUCGAAACAUCCUGGUUCUUACCCUCAUUUACGAUGACCGUCUCACCAAGAAACUUAACAAGAUCUGGGAUAUCCAGUAUCAUCUCUACCUCCAGAAAGCCUCAUAUGACCUCCUUCGUUCGCAGGCGAAGAAGCUGCAUCGCCUGUCCAGCUCCCUGGAUGUUUGGCAGUCCACUGAGUACAGUGUGUUCAUCAAGUUCUGCGAUUCGGGUACGUUCAAAGCCGUCUCUGCAAUUUGGGAUUUCUAUGCCCAUAGCACCAGGUUCGAGGGAAAGGGCGCCAAGAUCUUCGCCGACGCUAUUUCCAAUGCCAUGAAAACCACCAGCAAGGCUGCUCGCCAGAACCUGUUCAGCAGCAUGCGCGCCAUGGCGCCCGUCACCGGAGUGCAGAAGAUUUACCUGGCCGACGUCCACUACCACUACUGGAACGCCGGCACGACCAACAUGAACGGCAACUGCGAGCAGCCCACCUUUCCCAACUUGAUGUAUGCGUCUCCCGAUCCUGGCUUGGAGCUUCACUACAAUACGAACCCCCUUUUGGGAUUCCAUUUGUCUGCGGCCUAUCCAGCUCUUCGCCCGCACUCGUAUUUAGCCCCGCCCGUCAAUCCCGAGCGACCGAGGGGCACCGCUGAGGCCCAGAAGCUUGUCGACUACGUUCACGAGGAGUUUUACCAUUGGUGCUUCGUCUUUCGAAAGAUGGUAUUCGACCGUAAGGUCAAGGUUCGGUUCUUUCAAGGCGAUUGCCUCUCAUUCUGCCACGCCCUUCAGCACCUUCGUGUUACGGGUGAGACUUCUUCUGCCAAUUUGUACCGCGAUCGCCUGCAUUUCGACAAGCUUGUUCUCGACGGCCGAGACUACGGCCCCAAGGUCAAGAGGGCCCGAGACCGAGCUCCCCUUUCGUUCAAUGUCAUCGACACAUCCAACCUCGUGGACCAUCUUGGCCACAUCAACUUGUUCGUCGCCGCCGCGGCUUUGCUCGAAGAUACUCUGACGUCGGCCAUGUACACCGAGUGCAUCACCCAGCAUGAGAAGACUAUGGAAGAGUUCAUGAGGAACGUUCUCUGUGGCGACUUCGCCACUGUCGCCCAGCUUGUCGGUCUCGUCCCCGUCGAGUAUUACACCAACACGUCGUACUGCAACGCCAUCGAGGAUACCCUCAUGAAGCUCGCCGGCAAGGACAGCAAGCCCGAACUCAGCAGCACCCAGCCUGCUGUACGCAUCACUUGGCGCCAACCCCAGACGAUGGCCGUGCCCCACAAGCGAGUGAUCACCGCCUUCAAGGACCACGAGCUUGCCAUCAUCCUGUCUGACAUUUACGAGAUCAUGUUUCAGCGCGAGAAUGUUAUUCAUCUCGUCUCCAUGGUCAAUGAAGUCAACGCGCGUCAGACCUCGUUCCCCAUGAACAAUCGCGUCACUUACGUCGCGUUUCUUCGUCUCGUCAAGGACCGCGUCGCGACCGAGUCGUGGGACAACACCAUGGAGAUUUUGAUUCGCCUCAUCAGCGGUAUUUCCAACUUGUUGGACAGUUUCCGUCUCCAGGAGACCCUGCUCUACAUGGAUAUUUUUGGCGUUCACACCACCGACAUGCUGCGCGAGGACAACCUCACGGCCUUCAGGGGCGACAAGAGUUUGGGCGGCUAG